AUGGUCCCACACCGCACUUGGUUCAAACCAGGAACAUAUUGCGCAAUCCAUCCAGCGCGCAAGAUCAGUUUCGGCAAUGACUCCACAGUGGACGCAAUUGGAAAAGGAAUGGUUACUUUUCGCACCACCAUAAAGGGGCAGAUAUAUGAUGUCGAACUAUCUGAUGCACUGCACGUACCGCCCAGCCAGGUUGAGAUCGCCUCACUGGCCUUCACGAUAUCGCUCAUAUCAGUUUCCAAACUUGCGCGCCACGGACUGUCCACACGUUUUGAUGCCUCAACAGACAAUUGUGGGGUUCACAAAGGCACAAACCUUGUCCUAACU